AAAAGUGCUUUACGAAUGAAGUCUGAUUGAUUGAGUGUAAUGAUCAAUGCCUCCAAGUGUGUGUACGUGAAAAGCUGUACAACGAGGAAUUAUCAAAGUUGAAUAAAACACAAUUAUGGGACUGUCCGGCCCUCCAGCUCUGCUUAGUGGCAGUCUCUCCCUUCCCCCCUCGUUUCCCUUUUUUCCUUUUUUCCCCAGGUGAGCUUGAGUGAGGUGUUUGUAUGCAGACAGGUGCAGGCGAUUGGCAAUCACCAGUGUGGUCCACCAGAAAGUCAUCUGCUCUGCCAUAAAAGCCUGACUUCAGCCACAACUCGGAGCUGGACCGUUGUUUAACACAGUAAUGCUCACAUCGAUCAUGUGUGCUCAACUUGGGGAGACUAUAACUGGAAGAACUUUGAUGGAGAAUUCUUCAGGCUACCAUCCAGCUGUAACCAUGUGCUGGCCUCACAGUGCAAAGAACCAUAUGAGAGUUUCAACAUCCAAAUGAGACACACAACAAUCAACGGCAUCCCUACCAUCGGCAAAAUAAUCAUGAAGCUGGAUGGUGUUGUUGUGAAGAUGUGCAACAGUUCUGUGGAAGUUGAUGACCAAUCGGUGAAUCUGCCAUAUACCAGAUACGGUGUGGAUAUCACAAAGACCACUUCUGGUAUCUUUGUCAACUCCAAGUUGGGAAUCAAAGCAAUCUGGAACCUGGAUGACUCGCUGGAUAUCGAAAUGCCAGAAGUAUUAAUGACCCAGACUUGUGGACUCUGUGGAAACUUUGAUGGUAUAGCAAAUGAUUUCACAGACGAUGGGUCUCCAAUUUCUGUGACAGACUUUGCUGAGAUGUACAAGGUGAACAGUCCAUGGGAGAGCUGUGAGGAGCCUGAACCAGCCCCAGACCAGAUUUGUGGGAAGAAUGAAUAUUGUAAGAGUAUCUUCACCAGUGCUCCUUUCAGCAGCUGCCAAGACCUUUUGGAUAUGGAAGCCUUCAUCAAAGUCUGUAUGGCUGAUAAGUGCUACAGUGGCGAAGACACAGACUCCAUGCUCUGCAAAACAGUCUCAGAAUUCUCCAGACAGUGCGUUCAUGCAGGCGGCAAGCCCGAGCAAUGGAGGAGUGAAUCUUUUUGCAACAAGACGUGUCCAUACAACAUGGUGUUUCAGGAGUGUAGCAGUUCAUGUCCUGACACCUGCUCCACACCUCAGGCCAGCAAAUUAUGUGAUAACCACUGCCAUGAUGGCUGCAGCUGCCCUGCUGGAACAAUCUUUGAUGACAUUGGUAAAAGCGGCUGUGUUGCGUUGGACCAGUGUCCAUGUCUGCACAACAAGAAAGUCUACUUGCCUGGAGAGUCAUAUUACCACAGCUGCAGAUCCUGUGUGUGUACACGUAGUCGGUGGAAGUGCUCAGAGGAUAACUGUUCAGGAACCUGCUCUGUGACGGGAGGAUCUCAUGUUGACACUUUUGAUGGAAAGAAAUAUGUCUUCCAUGGAGACUGCACAUAUGUUCUAGCAAAGCAAAGCACAGGCUCUUUAUUCUCUGUGCUGGUGGACCUUGAAAUGUGCGGUGUAUCUCAAAGUAAGACCUGCCUCAGAGCUGUAACUGUGGCCUUUGGCAGCAAUAUGGUGAUGAAAAUCCAUGCAUCUGGACAGAUUCAUGUGAACCAGAUUCGUUCUCAGCUUCCACUGUUUAAUUGUGAGAACAAGUGGGAGCUGGACAACCUUCAGGAACAACAGGAGGAGCUGGACAUCCUUCAGGAACAACAGUGGGAGCUGGAAAACCUUCAGGAACAACAGUGGGAGCUGGACAACCUUCAGGAACAACAGUGGGAGCUGGACAACCUUCUGGAACAACAGUGGGAGCUGGAAAACCUUCUGGAACAACAGUGGGAGCUGGACAACCUUCAGGAACAACAGUGGGAGCUGGACAACCUUCAGGAACAACAGUGGGAGCUGGAAAACCUUCAGGAACAACAACCACAUUUCCAGUGCACACCUAUUGUUUGCAACACAACUUGUGUUGAAGGUUUUGAAUACCAGGAUGUACCUCAUGAGUGUUGUGGGACGUGUGUCCAGAAGAGCUGCUUCCUCGUUGCACCUGAAAACAAAACACAUAUCAUAGAGGUCAACGAAACAUUUGUCCUUCCUGGUAACAAGUGUGUGCAGUAUACCUGCGCCAACAUCAACGGUCAGCUUAUUACUCAGGAGACCAAGACUGUCUGUCCUGCCUAUAAUCCAUUGGACUGUGAACCUGGUACAGAGACAACUGACUCUACUGGAUGCUGCAGAACCUGCAAGCUGCGCAGUGUGUGUGAGAUCCUGAGUAAGCAGGAGGUCAUCAAGGUGAAUGACUGUGUGAGCAAGAACCCGGUCAACAUGACGUACUGUGCUGGUCACUGUGGAAGCACGUCUAUGUAUUCUGCUGCUGCCAACACGAUGAUGCACCUGUGUGAGUGUUGCCAAGAAGACACCACCAGUGAGGGUACGAUGGAGCUUCAAUGCGGAGAUGGCUCCAAGAUUCCUCACAAGUACACCAUAGUGGAAAGCUGUCAGUGCAUCAGGACAGAGUGUGUCGGGGGAACAACACAUGUUCCACUGAAGCGCCGCAGGAGACGCUAAUCGCCAUCAGACUGAGACCUUUAAGACAUGGAGCAAGACCUUCCAAUUCUUGUAGGGCUUCAUUACUUGACACCAAAUUCAGCGUCACUUCUGUGAUGUAAACUCAAUAAAAUUAGAUAUCUACAGCAUGAAAA